AUGAUGGUCUUAACUUCCGUGGCUGUCGCUCUGCGUGUUUACGUCCGUGGCUACAUGACAAAGACGUUCGGUGUCGAAGAUUGGCUCAUCAUCCCUGCAUAUGUCUUGCUCAUGGCCUUGUGUAUAAGUGCAAUUGUCAUUGGCGAAUGGCUUUCACGUGAAGAUGUCAUGGAACGCUAUCCUAGCAUUAUCAAGCUUACCAUCGGUAACAGUAUCUUGUUCACCGCGGACCAAAUCUUGAUUAAGCUCUCUGUAGCGGCAUACUUCUGGAGAAUCUGCGAGCGUUGGCAGCGCUACAUCAUCUUUGUCACCGUCUCUAUCUACUGCUUGUAUCAAACAGCCUACAUUUUCGUCAGCACCUUUCAAUGCGGUGUGCCUACCGUCUCAAACCUGGUCAUGGCAGCCAGAGCAAGCACCCCUCGACAAUGCAUCUCCUGGAUCCAUAUCGUCAAACCUCUGCUUUAUGUUAGUAUCGCACUGAACGCCGCGUGUGACUGGAUCUUUGUCCUAGCAUGUCUUCCUGUAGUCACCAAGCUACGCCGCAUGCCGAUCGGGGAAUUGCUUUGCAUCUACUUCCUGAUCUUUCUCGCUGUUGGAGCCAGUGUCAUCUCUCUGGUUCGACUCCGAUAUUUUCCAGGAGAUAAAAUGGGUGUCAUACUUUUGAACCAUAACGAAGACUUUGCCAUCCUUAGUAUCGUCGAAGUGGGCACAGCCAUAGUCACAGUGUGUAUGGCGACCCUACACCCACUGUUCCAGGCCUGCGUCCGCAAGAGGUGUAGCACCAGACACCUCACGACUGGCAGUUCCAGGGAGCCCGGCUCUUUUGAUAGUGUACAAUACGAGAAGAGGAAAGCAGACCCCAUGAGCACGGAGGAAUAUUCCACCGACCACAUGAGUUUCAGCCGGCUAGGGAUAAUUCCUACCAUCUCAAACGGAAUGGGCAACAUGCCUGAGCACGACGCGCCUUAUCGCGGGUAUACCACCGACUGGACAUGA